UUUAUUAUUAAUUGGCAUGGGAGUGGUGUCAUGAAUCGCAAUCUGGAUCAGUACAAAAUCUCUGCUUGCUCUCUCAUGUUCGUCUUUGUUUCCUAAACAUAGUGUUAGCAUUCGAAUUGAACCAGUGAGUGAGUGAGUGAUUCAGAGAAGAAAUAACCAAACCAAACCAAAUCGAAGGUGAACAAGAAGAAAAACACGCAAAGAGGUAGUGUUGUUCUUCGUGAUUCGUUUAUGGAAUGCACCGAGAAACCAACAAGGUUUGUAUUUGAUUAAGUGGAGGCAGAUUUAACCAAUGAUUUUUACCUCACAAAUUCGAAUGAUGUUGGGAUAGCAUUCUUUUAUUGGUUUCUGGGUGUGUUAAUAAGUAUUUGCAUCAACCAUCUUGCUUAGAGAAUGAACAGGCCUCUGCAAAGAGGUGUGUCUGGGAUACGCGUCCCUGAUAGCAGCCAGGACUCCUGGGACUCCCAGUCCAAAGAUAAAGCCGAAAAGGAAGGUUUGGACAGAAGACUUAGCCCAUUACCUUUGGGGUCUCCCUUUAAGUUGUUUUUUGCAGAUAAUUCUCAUUCUAAAUAUGGCAUUACUGAGAAUAGUUUCUCAUCUGAUCCCUUCAUUGUUGGGACUCCUAGAAAUCGGCACCAGUUGAUACUCUUUAUUUUGAAGUUUAGUUUAGUAUUUAUAGUUAUUCUUGCCCUUGCUGGAUCUUUUUGGUGGACAAUCUCAAUUUCAACCACAACAAGAGGUCAUAUUUUUCAUGGCUAUAGAAGACUCCAAGAGAAACUUGUAUCGGACCUGUUGGAUAUUGGGGAGAUUUCUGAUGCUCCCUCAAGGUUGAAGGAGCUUGAAUUCUGUUCUCGGGAGUAUGAAAACUAUGUUCCUUGCUUUAAUGUUUCUGACAAUCUAGCUCGGGGUUACUCUGAUGGCAAUGAGUUUGGCCGGCAAUGUGCCCAUGAGCCCAGGCAAGAUUGUUUAGUUCUCUCUCCAACGAAUUACAAAAUUCCUCUUCGAUGGCCUACGGGAAGGGAUGUUAUCUGGGUUUCUAAUGUUAAAAUCACUGCACAACAGGUCCUUUCGUCUGGAAGCUUCACCAAGAGGAUGAUGAUGCUUGAUGAAGAGCAAAUUUCCUUUCGCUCUGCCUCUCUUAUGUUUGAUGGUGUUGAAGACUACUCACACCAAAUCGCAGAAAUGAUUGGACUCAGAAAUGAAUCUAACUUCAUACAAGCAGGGGUUAGAACCAUACUGGACAUCGGUUGUGGAUAUGGUAGCUUUGGAGCCCACCUCUUUCACAGUCAGCUUUUAACUAUGUGCAUUGCAAACUAUGAGCCUUCAGGCAGUCAAGUUCAACUUACACUUGAGAGGGGUCUUCCUGCUAUGGUUGCUUCUUUCACUUCUAAGCAGUUGCCAUAUCCGUCUCUCUCCUUUGAUAUGGUGCAUUGUGCUAGAUGUGGCAUUGACUGGGACCAGAAAGAUGGCAUUCUCUUGAUUGAAGCUGAUAGACUUUUAAAACCGGGUGGCUACUUUGUCUGGACGUCACCUCUGACAAAUGCUCGUCGUAAAGACAGUCAGAAAAGAUGGAAGUCUGUACUUGAUUUUACUGAAAACCUUUGCUGGGACAUGCUGUCACAGCAAGAUGAAACUGUUGUAUGGAAGAAAACUAGUAAAAGAAAGUGUUAUAAUUCAAGAAAGAAUGGUUCUCCCAUUCCUUUAUGUGGUAGAGGCUAUGAUGUGGAGUCUCCUUAUUAUCGUGAGCUGCAAAAUUGCAUAGGAGGAACACAUAGCAGCCGUUGGAUUUCCAUCAAUGAGAGGGCUAGGUGGCCUUCCAGGGAUCACCUGAAUAAUGACGAGCUAGCAAUAUAUGGAUUGCAAUCUGAUGAAUUUGCUGAAGAUUCUGAAAGAUGGAGAACAGCAAUCCAAAAUUACUGGUCUCUUCUAUCACCUUUGAUAUUUUCUGAUCAUCCAAAGAGGCCUGGUGAUGAGGACCCUCCACCACCUUACAAUAUGCUAAGAAAUGUGCUAGACAUGAAUGCUCGUUUUGGUGGUUUUAAUUCUGCAUUGUUGCAAGCUGGAAAAUCUGUGUGGGUCAUGAAUGUGGUGCCAAUAAGUGGACCCAAUCAUCUUCCUUUGAUCCAGGACCGGGGUUAUGUUGGUGUUUUGCAUGAUUGGUGUGAGGCCUUCCCUACGUAUCCUAGAACCUAUGACCUGGUGCAUGCAGCAGGACUUUUAUCCUUUGAAACUGAUCAGCAGCGUAGAUGCAAGAUGAUUGAUAUAUUCGUUGAAAUUGACAGGUUACUCCGACCAGAGGGUUGGCUUAUAAUUCGCGAUACAGUUCCUUUGAUAGAAUCAGCCAGAGCUCUCACAACCCGGCUAAAGUGGGAUGCGCGAGUUGUAGAAAUUGAAAGUGACAGCGAUCAGAGACUCCUGAUCUGCCAGAAGCCUUUCUUUAAAGAGACAAGCAAACCAAUUCAUUGAGGUCCUGAAGAAAUUAGACCAUAACUAGUAUUCAUAUAUUCAUUUUCAUAAUGUUCAUUUAUUAAGAAGAACAUACCCCGCCAUCAAAAGUGGGGACUGAAAAUUUUGGACACAAAAAAGCCUUCCGAAGAAAAGCUAUAAAGGAAACAAUGAAUUCAAGUCAGUGAUACCACCACAACAACUCCUAUGUAGCCGCAAGGUACAUAGGGCCAUGUAAUUACCAAACGAGGAGCAAGAGCAGAUGAGGAAGUAUACUGGUAGAUUUGAUUUUUCGUGUGCUGUCUGAUUACAUACACACACAUCAUUUAAGAUUGGGAAGAUGAUGAUAGAAUAAUUUAUAUCUGGUGUAUAAAAUGCUCAGCUGUUAAUUCCCCUUGUUUCUAUAGAAUCAUUUUUCUGCUCA